ACUUCAAAUAGAAGGAUGAAUUUUGUGACCAUUAGAGAUUCAAUGGCAUCGUCGUUUCUAUGGGCACAGCGUUUACUACUGAUGCUGUUCCUCCCCAACUUCGUCGUGCUGCCUCCGGCGAGCUAGUGUUAUGGUUUGCAGCUGCCUCUCGUCGUUUUUGCACCUUUAGACGACGGGAGAUUCAAUGGCAUCGUCAUUUCUAUGGGCACGGCGUUUAUUAAUGAUGCUGGUCCUCACCAACUUCGUCGUGCUGCCUCCGGCCCUAGUCUUUGCCUUCUGCCUCCCGAAUCAGAGUUCGGCGCUGCUGAAAUUCAAGCAAGGCCUCUCACUCACUCAGCGAGAGCGCCUCAACUCCUGGGAGGACGACACAGAUUGCUGCUUCUGGUUUGGAGUCACCUGUAAUUCCUCUACCGGAUUUGUCGUCUCCCUCGAGCUGAGCGGUAUCACCGGCCCCUUGCUUCCAGUCCGGAUGCGGCCGAACGUUAGCAGUUUCAGCCCAUCCAUCUUCGAACUCCAACGCCUGCGUGUCCUGGACCUCAGCUAUAACCUGUUCGAGGGGCCGAUUCCUUCCAGGUUGGUGGAGCUCACAGAGCUUGUCCUUCUUAACCUCUCCAAUGCCGGCUUCUCUGGUCAGGUCCCCGCACAAAUUUCUCAGAUGACGUGGUUGGUGUCCCUCGACCUCUCCACCACUUACCUCAACUCCCCAUUAUUGAAGCUCGAAAACCCUAGUUUCGUUGACCUGUUGAAGAAUCUCAAUCGUUUGAAGGAUCUCCGUCUCGAUGGCAUCAACAUCUCCAUGAGUGGUGCUGACUGCAGUUUUGCACUUGCGUCAUUGUUGCCCAACCUCCAGAUCCUCAGCCUCUCCAAUUGCUCCAUCUCGGGACCAAUGAACGAGUCGAUUCUAGAGAUGAAAUCUCUCUCUCACCUCGACCUGAGUCGCAACGAUAUAUCAAAAGUCCCAGAGUUCUUCGCCAAUCUCACAGAGUUGCAGUUCCUCGGAUUGAGUUCGAGCUCUCUGUGGGGGACCUUCCCUUCCAGCAUUUUCAGGCUUCCUCGCUUGCGGUAUCUUGACAUCAGCAACAAUCCAAAUAUGGGUGGUUCUUUUCCUGAUACUAUUCCGGCGAGUAGCCGACUUCAGUUUCUCCAGCUUUCUUACACCAACAUGAGUGGGAGCAUUCCAGAUUCGAUCGGUAAUCUCACGGAGCUGAGGAUUUUAUUGUUGAGAAGCUGCCGUUUCACAGGAACCAUACCUGAGUCCUUUGGCGAGCUUGAGCGCCUCACCGAACUUUUCCUCUGUCGAAACCUCCUGACAGGAUCCAUCCCCUCGGCGCUUAUGAAUCUUCCUUCUCUAACGAUGGUGAACCUUCACCACAACUCCUUCACAGGAUCUCUCCCACAGUUCAACAAUGCACUCUCGUUGUUGCAGAAUAUUGUCAUCAGAAACAACUUGCUAAGCGGCACCAUACCUUCUACCAUAAGCUCCUUAUCUCACCUCAGAACCAUCGUGCUUGCAUCCAACAAUUUCACUGGCACAUUCGACAUCUCUCUCCUCAUGGGGCUGAAGAACCUUUCCGAGUUGGAUCUUUCUGGAAACAGGCUGACUGUAGCAGUCGACGUUCCUCGUAGUAGUCAACAUGAAAUGGCUCAACUCACCACUCUGCAGUUGAGCACAUGGAAUAUUGGCAAAUUUCCGGAAUGGCUCCGUAACCAAAGGAUUCUCAACUUUCUUGACCUUGGCAACAACAAUAUAAGUGGGUCGGUACCAUCGUGGCUCUGGUGUAUGUCUAGCCUCCUGCAUCUGAAUCUAUCUAACAAUAUGCUAACCAUUUUGGAGGAGCCGAUGGCUGUUGGGACCAGCUCAUCGUCCUUAGUCGUUUUGGAUUUGCAUUCCAACUUGUUGGGCCCUGAUCUUCCUCCAUUUCCUCCCAAUGCGAUCUUCUUGGAUUUCUCAUCCAAUAGGUACAUCUCAACCUUCCCUUUGAGCAUUAAUUCACCAUUCCUUUUCUACCUGUCUCUCUCCAACAAUAACAUCACUGGCUCGAUCCCGGAAUCUCUCUGCAAUUCAGAGAUACUCAAUGUUCUCGACCUCUCAAAUAAUAGUUUGGUGGGUUCAAUACCCUACUGCCUUACAAACUCCAGCGAGUUGUUCGCACUCGACCUGCGCAAAAACCAACUGGGCGGCGCAAUCCCUGACAUGUUUGGCAGCGGUUGCAGUUUAAAAAUCCUUAACUUGAACAGCAAUCGUUUUGGUGGGAGUGUGCCGACAUCUCUGUCCAAGUGCAGGGCCUUGGAGGUUUUGGAUUUCAGUAAUAACGAGUUGACUGACGAAUUUCUCUCCUGGUUGGGAAGCUUCACUCAGUUACGCGUGUUGUCCUUACGCUCAAACCAUUUCUAUGGUUCAGUUGUGCCUCCUCCCCAUGAGAACCCUUUCCCCGCGCUGCAGAUCAUCGAUGUCUCUUCUAACAACUUGAGCGGGACACUUGAGCCUGGCCUGUUUCGAAUUCUGAGAGGCAUGAUGAAGCGAGAACCAAAUGAUCGUAGAGCUGCAAUUAUGGGUGUCGAGGUUUUUAGUAAUCUUUACUAUGAAAACAGAGUUACCAUGACAAUCAAAGGGCUAGAUUAUGAGAUGGAUAAAAUGCCCAAUCUAUUGACUUCCAUGGAUCUGUCAAGCAAUCGUUUCUCAGGUGAAAUUCCAAAUGAGAUUGGGACACUUGAGGGCCUUGUUGUACUAAACAUGUCAAACAAUGAACUGGUUGGUCCGAUACCACAGACUUUGGCGAAUUUGAUUCGACUUGAAUCCUUGGAUCUGUCCCGCAAUAGCUUGUCUGGAAACAUUCCCGUGGCUCUCUCGAGACUCACUUUUCUUGCCAAGUUGAACUUGUCAUUCAAUAAUCUCCAAGGAAAAAUACCGCAGGGCAACCAGUUCUUGACAUUUGAUGCCUUGUCCUUUGAGGGGAAUGCUGGACUCUGUGGGCCACCAUUAACGCGCACAUGCACAGAUACCCUUCCUCUUGAUAUCACCGGCGACGGGAAAAUUGAUUUUGCGCCGUUAUACAUAGCAGCAGAGUUGGGUUUCAUCGUCGGUCUGGCCUGCGUCGUUAUGCCUCUCUUUCUUGUGGGGAGGGUGAGAAGGUGGUGGUAUGGUCUCAUAGGCACAAUUCCAUUAAUGGCUCUUAGAAAACUGCUUUGACGCUCUUGCAAUUCCUUUGGCUAGAUUUAAUGCUCUUGCUACUUGCAAUCUCUCAAGAUUUAAGAAAGGCUGUUUCUGUAAUUAAUGUCGCACUAUAUUUUCUCGCUGCUGUUUCCAAAAUCUGUUAUAUACAUUGUACCUCAAUGCUUGUGUGAGGCUGUAUGUGAAUAUGUUGUUAAUUAAUGGAUGCAGAUUCAGAUCGGAAUUUGGUUGGAUAGAUAUACCCAGGACACCUAGGUGAGGGAUAGAAUAUAGAACUUUUUGAGAUUUAUUCUUAAAGUAUUUUUUAAAUAAUAUUUACUUAUGUAUAUGAUCUCUUAAGUGUGAUUAUUGAUGAAGGCCCAUUCCCGUGAUGUCGUUA